UCAACUCUGCGCUCCAGCACAUUCGACUAUUCAAGAGAGGCAACUUUUCCUGCCCACACUAUCUCCACAUGUUGAAAUCCUAGCCAUCUGCUCUAAUAGGCACACAGUAAGCAUUGCUUCUCCCCGGUGCCUGCUAUGUGCCAGACAGUGCCCUCAGCACACCAUCCUGCGUCGUCUGAUCUGUCUGCACCACGACCUAGGAAGUGGUGCCACUGUGCCCUUGCAGAUGGAAAUCUAAAGCACAGGGAAGGAAAACGACUUGGCCCAGGUCACACCGCUGCUGUGUGGGAUGGCACCAGGACCACGUCCAAACCACUUGACCACCUGGCGCUUUAUGCCCUUUUGGAGAGCAGCUUCAGCCACAAAGCUUUGCCUCAUUUCCCAGGCGUUUUGAUAGCUUACUCUUUAGAACUGGAGACUGGGGACUAUUGUGUGUGCAUCUCUGCACCCUUGCAGCACCUCCCACAGGCUCGCUCACUUAGGGGAGCUCACUCACUUAAGGGGAACUCACUAUGUAUUGAUACUCGCUGGAGGAAAUUUAUGUGGAGAAGGAUGCAUCACAAAACGUCAGGUCCUGACAGUAAAUUCAGUGGAAGUUCCAAGAAGACACGGGGAGCAGCUGCCCACGGCUUCCGAUUGGAUGGAGAGCUGGAAGAUUUUUUCCCCCUGCUUCAUCCUAAAAGCCUAAGGAUCGAUGCCAAUUGCAUACUUAUACAUCAAGGAUUUUGUGCAGCACUGUCCAAUACUAACAGUAAAAAGUACUGCUACUGCAAAACUGGGGAAAAGGAGUCCCUAGGCGCUGCCUACGCUCAGGGGAAAGCAAUUACAGAGGACAUGAAUACCAGGAGGCAGCGUCCUUGCAAGCUGCGUCACGGUGCCCAGGACGCCUUCAUUUGGUGCUGUAGACUCUGGACUUACACGUGUCUGUCAUUGCUGGCUGAGCAGGCGCAGUGGGCUGUGGGAGCAUAUUGA